AUGAAUGAAAAAGAGAGAAGUAAACUGAAAGAACUGAGAGUAGAGACCCAGUCAAAAAAUGAGGAGAGAACACAGGAACAAGCAAGAAGAUUCAGCUGGAACAUUGUAGACAUGAAAGUCUUUGUCACUGAUCUAGUGAGGAAAGCCUUACAGAGUGACACAGAGAAGAGCAACCCAUUUACCACCAAAAUUAAGGAGAUCAUAACACUUAAACAUCUUGCUGCUGGAAAAAGCUACUGGGAAAAUGCAGUUGUGCAGUACUUCUGGCAUUGUGAAGAAGACAGCAAGAGGCCAGGUCGGAUGCAGCAACCGCUCAACAGUGAGCUCAUUAUGCCUAAAGAGCAACUCUUUGACAUGUUUCAGCAAAUCUUAGGCAUCAAGAAAUUUGAGCACCAGCUGCUGUUCAAUGCACUUCAGCUGAACAGCCAAGAUGAACAAGCUGCAGCUAUCCGGAGAGAGUUGGAUGGACGCAUGCAAAAGGUUGCAGAACUAGAGAGGCAAGUGUCAAAAUCUGUCAAGAUCUAA